AUGGCAAUAAUGACGAGUAGAGCAGCACCCAGAGGUCCUCCCAGACCUAACCUCAGCUCCUGCUCGUCAUCUUAUCACCAUCGAUUUAACCCAACAAAAAAGAAGCUUGUAAUGAUGGGUUCCAGCUUCCUCAACAACCCAUAUUUUCUGCUUUCAUCAAAUAUUGCCAGGCGACAAAAGUUUAUUCCUACCCAGGCCUCCAAUUCUCAAAGAAGAGGAGGAAAAGAAGAAGAAGAAGAAGAAGAAGAAGAAGAAGCUUUCAGCAUGAAUGACGCCACCAGUGGUGUCUCUCAGGAGGAUUGGAACUAUUUAUUGAAACUAGGAGCUGGUUCUCUUGCUGGUGCAGCUGCAAUAAAGUAUGGAAGCAUCCUGUUUCCUGAGAUAACAAGACCAAACAUCUUACAGGCUCUGAUUAUGAUAUCAGCUCCUGUAGUUGUAGCCAUCGUGCUCUUGAUCAAGCAAAGUCGUCAAGAGUGA